CAUAAAAAUCUGCACCAAUAGAAAUUAGAAUCCCCCAGGGAUUCAGUGAACCAACUUUCCUUCGAUUCUCCGGUGGUCUUUCAGUCGUUCACGCUGUCGCCGAUCGCUACCAACUUCUCCUCUACCGCCCCCUUUGUAUAUAAACACCCACACGUCUCACACGCACAAGCAAGAGCCUGUAUGAUGGAAUCCCUCUCCUCCGUAUCUACCUCAAUCGUCUUACCGCCCGGAACCCCCUUCCACCACCACCACCACCGCCGGAGAAUCCAUCUACAAUCCUCCUCCUUUUCCACCUCAUGCCUUCAUCCCGAUCACCGUCAUCCUUCCCGAUAUCUCUCAACCUUCGUGACCCCUUCAAACCCUAAACUAAACCCGUAUGGAAGCAGAGUCGAUGGUAUGGCGUGUAAACUGAAAGCUGUAGGAAAUCGAGGAGGAACUAAAGGGGAAGAUGAAGGAGAAGAGGAUGAGGAGGUGGAAAAGGCGUUACGAUUGGAUGGGACGAUCCCUGGUUCUUCUAAUGAGUUCGUAGAACAAGUUUCGUCGCGUGCUUAUGACAUGCGUCGUCAUCUCCAACAAACAUUUGACAGCAGCAGUUACGACGUGCUGGAAGCAAAUCCAUGGAGAGGAGAUGCAAAACCUGUUUAUGUAUUAACCCGAAGGGAAAACCAGCUCUGCACAAUGAAAACCAGAAUGAAUCGCAGUGAAGUUGAAAGGGAACUUGGGAUGUUGUUCUCCAAAGGACGUAAGUUAAGAAAUCAAACAAAGAAACCAACUCCCAAUAAGUUCCAGAUGCUUGUUGAAGAUGUCAGGGAUGGAGUGCUUGUUUUUGAGGAUGAGACAGAAGCAGCAAAAUACUGUGACCUUCUGCAAGGAAAUUGUGAAGGGGUUGCAGAGAUUGAAGCCUCAUCGGUGUUUGAUCUUUGCCAGAAGAUGAGGGCACUUGCGGUUUUGUUUAGGAGAGGAAGAACACCUCCUCUACCAGAAAGCCUUAAGCUUAACUUGAGUGCUCGCAAACGUUCCCUUGAAGAUCAAGAUGAUGUCAUCUGAACAAAUCCCAAGUUUGCCAUAUGGUACAUGAUUAUAAUUUACAUAUACCGUAUAUAAAUAGAUUUACUGUUAACAAUCAUAUUCAUUUAGAAACAAAUUGGAUGAUUGAUUAUACACCUUUUAUGAUAUAGAUCAAUGCGUUUGUUUUCUCUCUACGUACUUCUGUUUCCCAAUUCUCCUUG